CUAUGAAAAAAGCAAAUAAAUAAAAUAGCACCAUAAAAUGAGAUUUGUUAAGUAUCCUUGUGGAAUAAUAUGCUUAAUAAUCACAUACAUUAUGGUGAUCUAUGCAUACUAUGUAGUUAUGAGAUGGAUUAUAUUACAAACAAUGCAAGCUAAUAUAUGGGCUCCCUUGCAUGUGGUUUCCUUUAAUACGGUAGUCUUCCUAUUGGCAAUGUCUCACCUGAAAGCGGAACUGUCCGAUCCCGGUUGUGUACCCUUACCAGCAAAUCGUUUGGAUUUUUCAGACAUGCAUACUGUAGGGAAAAGUACUGGUAAUGGAAAUAGUAGUAACGAAUGGACAGUGUGCACACGUUGUGAAACUUAUAGACCGCCUAGAGCACAUCAUUGUCGGAUUUGUAAGCGUUGCAUACGACGAAUGGAUCACCAUUGUCCUUGGAUAAAUAACUGUGUAGGAGAACGUAAUCAAAAGUAUUUUCUACAAUUCCUUGUCUACGUAGGUGUCCAGGCUAUAUAUUCUGCGUGCUUAGUAUUGGGCUCCUUAAUUAAUCCAUGUGAAGGAUGUAAUUCGGAAAAUAUUGAGGGACAGACUAGAUUACUUCAUUGCGUCAUUUUGCUAAUAGAAUCAGCUUUAUUUGGCUUAUUUGUUUUGGCAAUAAUGGUUGAUCAAAUGCAUGCCAUAUUGUAUGAUGAAACAGCAAUUGAACAAGCUCAACAGAAGGGCUCCCAUCGACCCAAUCGCCGUAAAUUUUACCUUUUAGCUGACGUCUUCGGCCGGGGACACCCAGCUUGCUGGUUGCUCCCUUGCACUAGUUUUAAUUCAUCAUCUUCCGCUCUACGUUAUUAUGACACGCCAUUGCUUAGUCAUGAAGUUUGAACAAGUGCGGUGGACUGUAAAAAUACAAUUAAUCAUACUACAAGCCCUUCCAAACCCAAAUCAACAACAGUAUCUAGAUUUUAGAGUUAUCAUUUUUAUAAAUACUUAGUUUUGU